AAGUCAUACCCUUGUCACCUUUAGGUCCUUUUUUCAAAGAAACCUCUUUCUCAUCACAAGGUGGUGUGAUGUGUCCUUCCUUAACCCCCGCUGCUGGGGUGACAGGCAAACAGACAAAGCCUCCAGGAGCAGAUGCCUGGUGCCUUGAUCCCUCGGGAGGACAGGCUGCCUGAGGGGAUACUGAUUGCUGCCGGGUCUGUAAAUCGAGGGGACAGCUAAAGCCCAAAGCUGCUUCUAAGAGAGGUUAGAAUUUCAUCAGAAAGCAAGUCUGGUCACAUGAGAAUUUCUGGCACUGUGUGCAUGGCAGGCUGGACACCAGCCUGCCGGAACUGAGCGAGUGGAUCGUACUGGCCUCAGCAGAGGAGAGAAGUCCCAGCCUGGCCUGGGGGAAGGAGCUGCCGGACUGCGGGCGGGAGAGGGCAGCUGCUGCCACGGACGGGACGCUAACGCCCAAGCCCCUUUCUUCUAACCCUGAAGAAAGUGUGUGGUCCAGGGACUGAAGACCGAAAGAUGCCUAAGGAAUGCAAUGCCUUCCACGCCCUCUCGGCAGCUCUCUGCUGCUUCUAUCACCGCAAGUCUUUCCUGGGAGUCAAGUUCUCCAAGGAGAGGCACGUCAUGGACAGGACCCCCGAGAGGCUGAAGAAGGAGCUGGAGGAGGAGCUGCUGCUGAGCAGCGAGGACCUGCGCAGCCACGCCUGGUACCACGGCCGCAUCCCCCGACAGGUGUCAGAAAGCCUUGUGCAGCGAGAUGGCGACUUCCUGGUUCGAGACUCUCUGUCCAGCCCUGGAAACUUUGUCCUGACCUGUCAGUGGAAGAACCUCGCUCAGCACUUCAAGAUCCAGCGGACGGUGCUGCGGCUCAGCGAGGCCUACAGCCGCGUGCAGUACCAGUUUGAGAUGGAGAGCUUCGACUCCAUUCCCGGCCUGGUGCGCUGCUACGUGGGCAACCGCCGGCCCAUCUCCCAGCAGAGCGGAGCCAUCAUCUUCCAGCCCAUCAACAGGACGGUACCCCUGCGGUGCCUGGAGGAGCGCUACGGCACGUCCCCAGGCCGGGUCCGGGAGGCCGACCUCACCGAGGGAAGGCCGGAUGUGGCCAAGAGGCUGAGCUUCACCACGGGCGGCAUCCAGGCCCGAGAGCAGAGCUUGACCAGGGGAAACCUCCUCAGAAAUAAAGAGAAGAGCGGUAGCCAGCCAGCCUGCCUGGAUCACAUGCAGGACAGAAGAGCCUUGUCCCUCAAAGCCCACCAGUCCGAGAGUUACCUGCCCAUUGGCUGUAAGCUGCCCCCAGGUGUGGACACCAGCCCCUGCCCAAACUCACCCGUUUUCAGGACGGGCAGUGAGCCCACCCUGAGCCCAGCCGUAGUUCGAAGGGUCUCCUCGGAUGCGAGGGCGGGGGAGGCGCUGAGGGGCUCAGACAGCCAGCUGUGCCCCAAGCCACCCCCAAAGCCCUGCAAGGCACCCUUCCUUAAGGCCCCCCCGACCCCGUCCUCCUGGCUCAACUCAGAGGCCAACUACUGUGAACUGAACCCAGCCUUUGCCGCAGGCUGUGACAGGGGAGCAAGGCCACCCUUCUGUGCCCAGGACAGCUAUGUGGAGCUGCUGACAGCCAAGCAGAACGGGGCGCCAGGUCCCCGGAACUCUGGCACCAACUACUUGAUCCUUGAUGACGACGAUGGGGCAAGGCCUUGGGAGCCGCCAGCAGCACAGAUGGACAAGGGCCAGGAGGACGAGCGGGAGUUUGUGAUGCCACUCCUGGAGACUGCCUCCUCGUUCAGGCCCAAUGACUUUGAGUCUAAGCUCCUUCCUCCUGAGAACAAGCCCCUGGAGACAGCAAUGCUGAAGCGUGCAAAAGAGCUGUUCACCAACCACGAGCCUAAGGUCAUCGCCCAGCACAUGCUGAGCAUGGACUGCAAGGUCGCUAGGAUACUUGAAGUCUCUGAAGAAAUGAGGAAGAACAUGGGCGUGAGCUCAGGGCUGGAACUCAUUACCUUGCCUUAUGGCCACCAGCUGCGCCUGGAUAUCAUUGAAAGACACAACACGAUGGCCAUCGGCAUUGCAGUUGACAUUCUGGGCUGCACAGGCACUUUGGAGGACCGAGCAUCCACCCUCAAUAGGAUUAUCCAGGUGGCGGUGGAACUGAAAGACUCCAUGGGGGACCUCUAUUCCUUCUCAGCUGUCAUGAAAGCCCUGGAAAUGCCGCAGAUCACAAGGUUAGAAAAAACGUGGACUGCCCUGAGGCACCAGUACACCCAAACUGCCAUCCUCUAUGAGAAACAGCUGAAACCUUUCAGCAAAAUCCUGCACGAAGGCAGAGAGUCCACAUGUGUUCCCCCAAACCAUGUAUCAGUUCCAUUGCUGAUGCCUCUUGUGACCUUAAUGGAGCGCCAGGCUGUCACUUUUGAAGGAACUGACAUGUGGGAAAAAAAUGACGAAAGCUGUGAGAUUAUGCUGAACCAUUUGGCAACAGCCCGACUCAUGGCAGAGGCUGCAGAUAGCUACCGGAUGAAUGCUGAGAGGAUUCUGGAAGGUUUUCAACCAGAUGAAGAAAUGAGUGAAAUCUUCAAGACUGAAUUUCAAAUGCGAUUGCUCUGGGGCAGCAAAGGUGCACAAGUCAAUCAGGCAGAGAGAUACGAGAAAUUCAACCAGAUUUUAACUGCCCUCUCACGCAAACUGGAACCUCCUGCAGUGAAGCAGGCAGAGCUUCGAUAACUCUCCAGAGAACCUGAGGAUAUUAUUUCAAGCUUCUCCAGUUUCUUCUUUGGGAAAGCUUAUCAUUUGAUAAAGUAAUAAUGUGCAAAUCUGACAAUAUACAAGCUUUUAGUAUCCACAGGAUAUUGAACAUGUAAAUUGCACAGAGCACACUUAUUUAUGAACUGUUCAAAAUUACUACUGAUUUUUAAAUGAACGAUAAUUUAUUAUUAAGGUAACUAUGGCUAAUGUUGAUCAGCAAGUUUAAGAGAAGACCUAGCUAUGUUGGCUGGUUGCUUUCUAUUACCAAGGUAUCUGACCAUUUUAGUUUUGAUUCCAUGUCAGAUACGUGUAAAUAGAAAAGAGUUUAAAAGCAUGAGGCAUUUCAGAAGGUAUCAGUUGUAUGAUAUUCUUUAAAUAUGAAAACUGUAAAUAGUCAUAUGAAAAUAUAUCUUUUUGUGAAACAAUUGUAUCCAGUCUCUUUAAUAUUAAACAACUCAUCAUAGUACAGUAAGUACUCCUACCUGCCUGGGGCGCCACUCUAUCUUGCUAGUAAACAAAAACUGAGUAGAAUGGAAAAUUUUAAGGUUUCUGGCUUAGGAGACAGAGUGAAUAGUGAUACAAGGCAAAGCUGGCUCCAGAAGACCUCAGUUCAGACUGAAGCUAUAGUGCUUACUAGGUGUUGGACUUUCGUCAGGUCCCAUAUGCAGCACAGCACUGGUACAAAGUGAGCAUCCACAUGUUUGUUAGUACAUCCAUGACAUCACUUCACAUACUUCAUGUAUCAUCUUCUAGGUUUUUGACUUCUCAAAGAGGAUACUUUCUGGUUUAUCAGUAUCCCUUUCGAUUUUUUUCUAUUGCAAAAAAUUUGAAAUACGAGAUUUUAAAAUCACAAAUUUCUAUCACUCUGCCACUGUCGAACACCAAUUUGCUUUUUCUUCCUGUCUUCUAAAUAAUUUUGGGACAAUACAGAAUAGUUUUAUAUCCAACUUUUCUCAGGUUGUGAAAAUUUCUCCAGGAUGUUAACCUUUGAAAAAAAUACGCUUUAUUGGUUACAGAAGUUACACUGUACCUUAACCAUCACCCUAUUGAUGGUCAUCUUAAAUAUGCCUACUAGAACUAAGUAUGGUCUAUUUAAUACAAUGGAAAUAAUACUAGUUUCAAAUCCUGCACUCUGUAUUUCCAUUAACGUGACCUAAAAUGAGGCCCCUCUCCCAUUUUCUUAAAGGAGCCAUCACACCAUUGUUUUUUUAUUUGGAGAAAAAAACCAAAGCACACUUCUACUUCUGGCAAUUGGUGGUUCUGAUGCACUUAGAAAGCCCUCUCACUAUAACUAAGUCAAUAAUUUUUAAUAAACGUACCUUUUAAUGCACCAUUAAGCUUGACAGAAUGAAAAAGAAAUCCCCAAGGAACAAUCCCGCCCUUU